AUGGAUAACUGUUACAUUGUGCUACUUUCCAUAAUCAUUGGAGCGGUCGCGAAUGAAGAUACUCCUCACAAUACAUCUUUGACUUUGGAAGAAGACACGGCAACAGCCGAAUCACGAAUGCUUGAGGGAUUCGAGCAAUUAUCACAAACCGUGAAAGAUGAAAUGAAAGUGUUUAACGAUCGGAUUGACGAAAUAAAACGUGAUAUCCACAGUUUAUUACUUGCGCAAAAUGCAACGAAUGAAAUGUUUCGAUCCACAAACAAUUCAUUGGAACAAGUUUCGGAACAACUGAACAAUCUUUCAACGUCAGCUACACAACGGUUUGUCAAUCUAGAGAAGGAACUAGAAGUGCUUCCAGCAGACACGGGAGUGUACUUCAUGAAGCCGGAUCCAUCCAAGAACGUAUCGUUUGAAGUAGCACGUGAUCUGACGAAUAAUCAUGGAUUCGGUAGCAAUUGGAUCGUUUUCCAGCGACGGUUCAACGGUUCGGUCAAUUUCUAUCGCAACUGGACCGAGUACAAGCAGGGCUUUGGUGAUCUACGCGGCGAGCACUGGUUGGGGUUAGAUAAGCUACACGCGAUCGUGAAAACCCGUUGUCACGAGCUGCUCAUCGUGCUGGAAGACUUCAACGGCGUGAUUGCGUAUGCACAUUACGAUGACUUCAAGAUCGGCGAUGAAAGUGAGAAAUACAUGAUAAAAUCGGUCGGUCUAUACACCGGUACGGCGGGUGACUCGUUUUCCUCUCAUAAGGACGAAUUAUUUUCAACAUACGAUCAGGACAAUGAUAGAGCUGGUGCUAACUGUGCCAAAUCGUUUGUUGGUGCCUGGUGGUUUUACAAGUGUCAUCGAUGUCACUUAAAUGGAGAAUAUCUGAAUGGAAAAAUCAAUCGCCAAGUUGGGAUAAUGUGGACGGAGUUUCGAGGAUCGUAUUACUCCCUGAAGAGCACAAAAAUGAUGGUUCGGCCUGUUGCGUGAAUAUUAUUAUUAUAACUCAGUGGAUUAUUUGCAAAAAAAUAAUCAAUCGAGUUUAAAGAUGUGAAGUCAUGAGAUAAAAGUUAUACACAUUUAACUUUCAACUUUACCGAUCUAACAAUUUUCCUCUUCUUCGCGUAACGACCUACUAGGACCUCAUGCCUGUUAUAACUGAUGUAAAACAUUUAACACUUACCACGUAACUGGGUGAUCUAUCCUUGUACGGGCCAGAUGGGUUUUCAACUAUAAGACCUUGUUCAAGCAGAGAUUAUAUGAAAAUUAGUGUACAGUUAGUGGCUUAGGUAGAAAAGGUUACGUCUAAGCGCAAAAGAAAACGGAAAAAAUCGAAUGCGGGUUUAAUGUAUGAAA